CCUUUCAUCUGACAUAAAAAAAUGUGCUUCAAAAGGCGUCCACUGAGGAAGAAGAAGACUACGAGGAAGCACGCGAUGGAUCGCCGGCGUCGUCCUCAGCAGCAACAGAGGAUUAACCCUCUGAGCAACUUCACGAUGCCCAAACAGAUGGUGUACGUCUUCCCGGAGGCUUUCUCGCCUGAGUGCGUUCGUCUUGUGACAGACACUGAGGACGGCUCAGCAGCGGUUGCCUGCCUGCUCGGCUUUUUCAAGCUCGUCGCGCCACAGGGUUACCUCCAGGUCCUCCAAGCGUGCGAUCGUGACGGACUCUGGCUGGAUGAGGUGGCCGUGACGGAGGAGUUCCUGGACCGUGAACUGGCAUGCCUCGAGUUGGCUCCAUCUUACAUCCAGCCAAAUAUGGACGACUUCUACCUUUUGUUUACCGUUAUGCUGUGCAAUCUUCCACGUGUCAAGGGUUCCAACCUCAACCGGGACUGGUUCCAGAAUCGUGCAAAUGACCUGGUGGACGUGUUCAAGAAUUGCUCCAAGCCCCCAAAGGUACCUCUAUACGACGUGGCGCAGGCAGAUGCCAUUGCUAGGUUCGGCGAGGCAUGGCCCCACACCCGCGCUGCCAUCUGCAACGCCAUCCUCAAGACAAGGUACGAAGGUCGAAUGCAGGACCUCAAAGAAUACGUAGCCGUCGGUUGGCGUUUCGCUGGCAUGAAACACAUCCACCUCAUAUUGGAAUUCCUGGCCGGAAAGAACUCUUGGGUACUGGAUGUGAUACCCGAAUUACGGCCGCGAAACGACAGGUUGCACGCACUCCUGGAAGCCUAUCAACGUCUAGGAGAAGACGGACCUUACAUGAAACUGCUGAACCUUCCAGAAGCCCAGACAACUCUUCGGAAACACCUGAGCCUUCACGUCGCCGCGGCCUAUGCAUUGGCCGUCUUUGAAGAUGACAACUGGUUGCAGUACAAGGGUGUACCCAGAGAUGAAUUCGAACAAACUGUUUACGAGAAGAUCACCGCCAUCAAAGCUAUGGGGAUGACACCGCAAGACGAGGAACCACAGUAAAAAGGGAUUUUCACCUACAAUAAAAUGUCUGGGUUCAGCAAAGAAAGUAUUUUUACA